AUUGCCACUCUUCGUCCCUCAACAUAAUUCUUGCUCUCCACUGUUUCAGGUACUCCAACGCGUUAAGAGGAGUUUGGAAAAGAGAUAAUAUUCUAGACAACGCAAAUUGGAGCGGACCUAUCCGGCUUUUAUCAACCUAUCCCACCAUGGCCACCCGACGGUACAGUCGCUACCAGGCCCAGCACCUCUUCCCAGCGGAUUUAACCAAGAAUACCAAGAUCAGGAAAUCACAAAUAACUCACGACACAUGCAAGGAGUGCGCCAUCAAAAGAGCCAACUCCCAGCCUCGACCACUGCGGCAACUGCUACCUCCUAACACUAGCACCGCCAUGUGCAAAGUUUGUCUGCGGCGGUGCGCUUGUCCGGAAUGCUUCACGAGGGCCUAUGAGAAAGGCGUGGUUCAAACCUACCACACCUGCAGCCGGUGCGUAGCAAAACGGCGGAGACGAGCGAUGCGGAUGGGUUUUAGACAAAAUGUUGCGCUUCACCCGGCCUGCCGCGUUGAUACAUCGGACAUUCGAUCCCCGUCAACCGAUUACGUCCAACAUGGGAAUCGAUCGAUCCCAAUGGAGCAGCUGUUCCCAGCCAGAACUUCCAAUCCCAACGAUGACAAUAUCUCCGAGGAUGGCGAAGAUGAUUUUCAGCAUCCCCCGGGGCCAUGUUCCACUACACACCGCUCUCAACUCGAAGUAGACACCGUUCUCGCGGAGAUUAACAAAUAG